GUCGUUGGGAGUAAACGGGAGCAUGGCGCUCGGUGUGUGUUCAUUAGCUUAGCAGGUGAAGAAGCGCAGUUUUUAUCCCGUUUAGAUUCACUUUCUGCUCCUCAGCACUCAGCGCAGACGGUGAGGAGCUUUAGGAGCUCGUCAUGGCCUGUGGGAGAGUUUGUCAAAUGGUCCAGCGCCGUCUGGCAUCCAGUGCGGCAGCUGAGCGGAUUUCAGCAGCGGAGGUGCGCAGCUGGCGGAGUUCUCUGUUCUCAAAAGAGCGGGACCGUCAGCGGUCACUUUAUCCACGCAUAGAGAAGAUAGAGGUGACCGUACAGGGACCUGGGCUGCAGGGAACACUUUUAGUUAUGAACAAAGGCUUGUCCACUCCACAUAGCUGUGCAAGACAUUUGACGGAGUGGCACGUCAGCAGUGCGGCUCUUGCUCUGGUGGAUGGAGAGCCGUGGCACCUGCAUCGUCCGCUCACUCGCUCCUGCUCCCUCACCCUGCUCACCUUUAAAGACGACAACCCUCAGCUUGCCAACCAGGCCUAUUGGCGCUCCUGCGCAGCCUUGUUAGGCCAAGUUCUCGACAAUGCCUUUAAGGAGGAGUACAGUGUGGAGCUACUGCAGAUUCCCGAAGUGCCAGUGACAGCGGGGGCAUUCUGUUGUGAUUUGGUGCUGGACUCUCGAUUGGAUUCCUGGAUCCCCUCAGAGGAGAGCCUGCGCUCUUUAACUCGUGAAGCUCACCAGCUCAUCCAUAAAGACUUACCCUGGGAGCCUCUGGAGGUGACGCCCCCUGUAGCCCUGGAGAUCUUCUCUCACAGCAGAUGUAAACAGGAAGAGGUGGAGGAAAAGGCUUCUCAGAGUCCCAGCGGCACUGUGUCAUUAUACAGGUGUGGGGAUCAUGUGUUGCUGGCUGGAGGCCCCCUGGUGGCCAGAGCAGGCCUGUGCUCUCAGUAUGAGGUGACAGCACUGCAUACAGUGGGAGAAGGACAGUGGGGUUUACAGCGCCGGGCCCAGGGACUGUCAUUGCCCUUCAACCUAACGGCUCACCAUUCAGUGUGGAGGAAGCUGAGGAAAAGAGCAGAGAACUUAGUUAAGAUUCAGUCCUCUGCCACUAGUGAAAGCGUGACCACACCCACUCCUCCAGAAGCCACACCCUCUUCUUCCUAGCUGUGACCUGCACCCACCCAUACAUACAAAAAUAACCGUGUAUUUGUGUAUUAUAUUGUUGAAUAAACUGCAUACAA